AUGGAGGCGGCAUCCCCGACCCGGUACCAGCGGCUGGGGGACAGCGACAGCGACGGGGAGGAGGCGGUGGAGCUGCGGACUAGACCGGGCCGAUCCCCGCUUCAGCAGCACCACCGGGAGACCUGCGCCCGCAUCUCCUCGGCCCUGGUGCUGCUGGCGCUGGCCUUGGCCUUGGCCUUUUACCAGAUGACCGUGGGUGCCUCGUGGCUGGGCGGCGCCCAGGCUCACAGGCAGGAUGGUGGCACCGGGCAGAUGGAGGCACAGAAGGAGCCUGGAGACGUCCCAUCGGCAGCUCACAUGCCCCCACGGGGUGUUUACCAUCAUGCCACCCUCAUCAGCAGCUCAAAGACCUGCUCCCUCCUGGGGAAGGACCUGCUGGUGGCCGGAGGGAACAUGGUGGAUGCUGGGAUUGCAGCUGCGCUCUGCCUGGGGCUGGCCCACCCGCAUGCUGCAGGGCUGGGCGGCGUGUUCUCAGCCCUGCUGCACGCCUCGUCGGGCCGCACCGUGGUGCUGAACGCCGUCCCGCGCUAUGGCUUCUCCCGGCACUAUGGGCUCCCCGUGGCCCUGCCAGGCCUGCAGCUGCUGCACCAGCACUUCGGCCGCCUGGCCUGGCCACGCCUGCUGGAGGGGCCGGCGGCUCUGGCGCAGUGAGGCGUCAGCAUGGACCGGGAGCUGGCUGCGGCCCUGCAGGAGAGCGCGGGUGCGGUGAAGGCCUCAGGCCUCUGCAGCCUCUUCUGCGAUGGGGCCGGGGAGCUGAAGGGCCAGGGCACGCUGGUCACCCAGCCCCGGCUGGCGGCCCUGCUCCGGGCGGUGGCAUCGGGGGACGAGGCCCUGCCCCAGGCCCUGGCCCUGGCCCCUGCCGAGCGGGAGCCCUUCCUGCAGGCCAUGGGGGACUUGGGGCUGGAGCUGCAGAGCCCCCUGGCCAUGCAGCUGGGUGACACCUGGCUGCAUGGAGCCCCGGCCCCGGCCCCCCGCGGCAGCCUGCUGGCCGGCGUCCUCGAGGCGGUGCGGGGAGCCGAGCCCAGAGCCGUGCCUGAGCUCUGCUUGAGGGCCCUGAGCGCGGCCUGGCGUGGCUACUCCGGGGCGCUUGGGGGGGCCGUGGCUGGGGGCCCCUCAGCCGCCCCCUCGCCCGUCGGCAGCCACCUGGCAGUGCCAGACAGCCAGGGGAACGUGCUGCUGCUCUCGGCCUCUCUCAGCAGCUCCUUCGGCUCCAGAUUCCUGGCGCCUGCCUCGGACAUCGUGCUGAGUGACCUGACAGCGCCCGCGGGGCCUGGCCUGCUCUCCUGGGUGGGGGAGGAGGGGACAGUGGUGGGGCUGGGGGCCACAGGGGGCAGUGCAGCCCCCCUGGCCCUGGCCCUGGCCCAGGCCAUUAUAAACCAGGUGUACCUGGGGCAGCCCGUGCAGGAGGCGCUGGAGAGCCCACGGCCGCAGCUCAGGGGCAGGGGGGAUGGGGCCUCCCAGGGCUGUGGGCCAGGCACCCCGUCAAAUGUGUCCAGUGGCGAGUGGGGGGGGCCGCACGCGGGCCCCUGGGUGCUGCAGGUGUCAUCACAGGGUGAGCACGCACAUGCCUUUGCCGCCCCGGCCACGUGCUGCCAUCACGAGGGGUAUUAG